AUGAAGCUCUCCCACUUGCAUUCCGUUACCACUUCUACAUUCGGUUUGCUCUUUCUGGGAACACCACAUGAGGGUAUAGAGAAGGCCAAGUGGUACCUUCUCUCCAAAGGUGUGAAAGGAAUUCUGCGACAACAUAGCCAGCUUGUGGCAUCUAUGGAGAAAAAUACUGAAACAUUACAAAGUAUCACUGAGCAAUUUACGCCACUCCUGAAACAAUUCUACAUUCAUAACUUCUGGGAAUUACGCGAGACAGUACAUGGCUUCAGGAUGAGCUGCCUCGCACUUGGGCAGGUUGAUGAUUCAGAAAGACCUAUCUCCCAUGUUCUCGAUGCCAGAAAACGCAUUCUCGGCGAAGAGCAUCCUUACACAUUGUGGUCCAUGAACGAUCUCUCCAAGGUGUACUGUGCACAGAGCUAUCCAAAGGAUGCGCUAGAAUUGCUCAUCCCCACGCUGGAUGUCGCCGUCCGCACCUUGGGUCGGUCACAUAUUGGUACUCUGAUGACUAUGUCCAACCUUGUGCAUACCCAUCGUAUGAUAGGGACGCCAAGUAAUAUUCGAACGGCUGAAGCCAUGCUAGGUGACUUGAUCAGUGCACAGAUAAAAUCUCUGGGGCCAUCCCACCCAGACGUGUAUGGGGCGAAGCUACAGCUUGCGCAGAUGUAUGAACGCAAAGGUCAAUUAAGUCAAGCUGAAAUUGUGUACCGUGAUAUCUUGUCUGCUGAGGGUGAGAGUCCCGGACCAAGAAUUCACACAUCCCUGAAGGUAAAGGAAAGUCUCUCUGAGAUAUAUCACAUGUUGGGCAGAUUAGAAGCGAUGCCGCAGGUCGAGGCAAAGCUCUAG